CUACAGUACGCAUUCCGCCGGGCUUCUCUGUGUUACAGUCCAGGUGCACCACCAUGCAGGUCUCGUUCGCUCGUUCGACCGUGUCGCGUGCUCGUGCAGGCAUCUCGGGCCGCACGAGCCGGCGGACACAUGUAGCGGUGUCCAACAAGCUGGUUCUGCAGCCCAUUGGCUCGGGCAGCACCGAGCACCUGGAUGGCGAGAAGGUCACGCCGCCGGGCCCAGUGCCGCUGCGUGAGGGCACGCUGGACGUGGGGCGUGUGGAGCCAUGCGACAUUGUGCUGCCGGUGCCCACCGUGUCCAGCCGGCAUGCUAUCCUCACCAUUGAAGGUGACAAGGUGCUGGUGAUCGACGUAAACAGCACCAACGGCACCAUGGUCAACGGCGCCGAGAUCAAGGCCAUGGACUACGUGGAGCUGCCCAUCGGCGGGGAGAUCGUGUUCGGUGAUGAGUUCCUGGCCAAGUUCCAGCUGCAGAAGCUGCCCGACGACGCCUAAGAGUAGAACAUGAUGUGGCAGCAGACAGGCACAGCAGACGCGGGCUGGUGAAGGGAAGGCGGGGCGGCAGCAGGCGUGGUAAUGAGUUAGCUCUAGACGGCGUGAGCCAUAGCAGUACAUGGCGCGAACAGUAUUUGUUUGCGGUCGGGAACGAUUGAUGAUUGCGGUUGGAUCCCAGUGCACACGGUUGGCGCAGCGGCGGCGGAGGGCUGGGUUAUAUCACCAUUCUUCGGGACAAGACAGGUUUAGAUGGCGUGUGUUGCGAGCCCCCUGCCCUAACGCAGCAGCCCUUCCCGUCCGCGUAUGUGUGUUGGUGACAGGGGUGCGGGCAGGUACCCCAGGAAGGGUGUGCUGCUGCAUGGGAUGAGGGUGCCGGACCGUGGUCAGGGUUGCAGCAGCAGCUGCUGCAACCUGACCGAGCGGUUGUGUGUGUGGCAGGUUGGUUGUCACUUGAGCAGCACGCAUUGCGAUAACAUGACGCAGAGACGAGAGAUGUGCGGAAGAUUGAGUUGUGAGAAGAUUAAUGUCGAAACGUACCGGGAUGGUGUCAGGUCACACUGGUCGACACUGUAAUGCUUUGUCAAG